AUGGAGGCUGCUAUUGGCAGGGAGGGCGACAGGCCACAGAUGGCCAUGACUGUCAAGGGUGCGAUCGUGGCGAUGGUGCUGCUGCUGGUUCAAGAUGCGGCUUUAGCCAGUUGCAACGUCGAUUAUCGGCUGCCGGCGGCAACUACGCUGGCAUCGGGCUCACAACCGCACGGCGUGGUGGCGGCUGUUCUGGACUCUGGUACCCCAUUUCUCGACGUAGCGUACAUCGACUUUGGAGUCGGCAGUGUGAUGGUGAUGACGCGGACGGGUGGCGGUGGAUGGAAUGUGCCGGCCUCGAUUGAUUCGACGAGGACGCAGCCGCGAACGUCUGCGGUGGGAGAUGUCGACGGAGACGGCUCACCAGACUUGAUUGUGACCUUUGCAGCCGCCGGCUCCAAUGCCAUUGUUCUUUACCGCAACAUCGGGUGGGAUGCAACGUUUCCCGUGUCUGGUCUGCUGCAGUCGUACGCGGUGCCAGUUGGUGGCGAUCCAGACGGCGUGGCCAUCGGCGACAUCAACGGCGACUCGCUGGUGGACGUUGUCUUUUCGCUCGCCAUAGCAGACGUCAUCGGCGCCUUCAUGGGCACUGGCCCUGGCACACUAGCAGCGGCACCGAUCGAUUUGACGUCCGCACUCCCAGCCGCACCGUCGCAGCCGUCGCAGGUCAGCAUUGUCGAUGUCGACGUUGACGGCAUUAACGACGUCGUCUACGUCGAGGCUUUUGGCGAUCGCGUCAUUGUCAUGGCCGGGCGGCCCGACAUUGCAUCCACGCUGGCGACAUCGGUGGCGGUCGUCGACUCGGCUGCCGACACGCCGUUUAGCUUUGACGUCGGUGACGUCGACGCAGAUUCCCUGCCCGACAUUGUCGUCGCUCUCUUUGCCGAGGACAAGAUCGCGCUGUACGUCAACCUCGGCGAUCUUGCCUUUUCGUCUCGCAUUACACUGGCGUCGGAGAUGGAUGCACCCCUGACCGUGGCCAUUGCAGACCUCAACAAUGACGGUGCCGUCGACGUUGUCUUUUGCGCAACAUUCAGUGAUGUUGUCCGCUGGAUCCCGGGCAACGGCGCUGGCGGCUUUACAGCCGCCCCGCAGCGCAUCGACGACGCCCUCAGCGGCGCGCGCAACGUCAUUGUCCAUGACUUUGACAGCGACGGUGCGCUCGACGUGAUGGCGGCAGCGUUCUUCGGCGGCGAGGUCAAGCUAUACACCUUUGACCCAUCGCUCUCGCCGUUUCCUUAUGGGCGGCGGCUUAUCUCGAACACCGCCAAUGGCGCGCGCGGUGUAGACGCAGCCGACUUUGACGGCGACGGCGCAACCGAUGUGGUCUCGGCCUCGUCAUUCGAUAACUCGAUUGUAGUGUACUACGGCGACGGCACAGGCUACCACCUCGGCAACGAAGUUUCUGUCUCGGGAGUAGCCGACGGCGUCGAGUCGGUCGUUGCUGCAGACUACGACGGCGAUGGUUGGACGGACAUUGCAUCAGCCUCGUCCGGCUCUGGCGCCAUUGAGUGGUGGCGCAACAUUGGCAAACGAAACUGGGCACCGAGCCCGAUGGCCAUCGGCACAUGCGACGGCGCGAUGAAGAUGUCUGGAGGCGACUUUAACAACGACGGCCUUCCCGAUCUUGUUGCGGGCUGUGCCGAUGCGCCGUCGCCGUCGAUUUCGGCGUACAUCAAUGGCGAUGACGGCUCGACAUGGACGGUGCAAGUUGUGUACUCGACACCGUUAAUAAUCACCAACAUGGACACUGCCGUAGGCGAUAUUGAUGACGACGGCUUUGUCGACGUCCUGUUUGUGGCGUCGUCGGUUCGGCUCGUUGGCUGGGCGUCCAACGCUGGCGGUACCGGCUUCCUUCCCCCGACUACCAUCGACACGCUUGCCAUUGGGUUCACCAUCGCUGCUGCACUCUGCGAUGUCGAUGACGACGGCGAUCUCGAUGUGAUUUCUGCGGUCGCUAACGGCGGGGGCUCGGCUAUAUCGCUGUACACCCAGACGGCGCCGGGAACGAUUUCGUCGACGCCAACCGACCUCGGCGGCUCGUACAACCUGCCGUACUCGAUUUCAUGCCGCGACGCGUCUGGCGAUGGCUUUCCGGACGUGGCUGUGGCGUCCUACUCCUCGGACCAGAUCUCGUGGCUCCGCAACCGCGGGCUGGGCGAUGGCACAUUUGAAGCACAGGAGAUUCUGACGUCAACCAGCAUCGGGGCAUACCGGGUCAAGAUUGUCGACGUCAACAACGACGGCUUCAACGACUUGCUCUGCGCCGGCAACGAUGACGACACCAUCGAGUCCUUCAUCCAGCGCCCCGUCCUCAACGCAACGCCGAUGCCUGCGGCCUUGCCGCCGCAUCCGGCAGCGGUUCCACUCAAGGUCACAGACAUCUACACAGCACUGAACACGGCUUCGCAGUGCACGCCGCAGCGGAUCGAGCUCGCAGCGGGCUCGGUUGUGGUCGGCGGGUGCUCGGCCGACGGGUACCUGACGGUGCCGGCCGGCGCGAUGUGGACCAUUGCGGGCCCUGCCGGCGUCGCACCGGCCCUUCGGCCGCGGAUCGACUGCGGCAGCGCUGGCGGUGUGAUGUUUGAGGUUGGCGCCGGCGCUCAGCUCAAAAUGACAGACGUGGUUCUCGCUGGCGCUACAGUCGGGUCCCAACCGUCGGCUGUGACAGGCCUCCGAGUCAGCGGCUUGGACGCGACGCUUCGCUUGGAGCGGGUUCUGGUGACCGGCUUUUCCUCUCAGGCUGCGUCGGAGCUGCAGGCGAUGUCGGGCAUUGGCGGCAGUCUGGCCGCGGUUGAUGGCGGGAGACUGGAUGCCCUCGACUCGGCCUUUGACUCGAAUGUGGCCAAGGGUGUGGGCGGAGCAGUGGCGCUGGUGGGCAGCGCUCCAUCGGCGCACUUUACCAACUGCAGCUUUGUGGCAAACACCGCGCUUGGAGGCGGCGGCGGAGCAGUCGCUGUCCUUGGCUCGAGUGCAUCUGUGGUCUUUGACUCUGGCUCGACGCUAGCGAGCAACUCUGCGCCGUACGGAUCAGGCGGCGGGCUACUGGUGACCGAGACCGCAGAGGGUGCGAUGGUGGCGGUGAACCAAACGCAGAUCGACGACAACGUCGCCGGCAAGCUUGGUGGAGGGGUGGCGGUGUUUGAGCCGCUCGGCUGCAGUGUCCGGCUUGGUGCCGGCGCGUUAGUGAGCAAUAAUGAGGCCCGCGCCGGCGGCGGAGUCUCGGCCGUCCACGCUGGGUAUUACGAGCCGGAGAGGACCGAUUUUGUGGCUGCCGAUCUCCCGCGGGCAGCCGCAGCAAGCUUGCCGGACCAUUCGGUAGUGGUGCUUGGAAUUGGUGCUGUGAUCUCCGGGAACAGCGCUCGGUACGGCGGGGCGUUCUUUGGGUGCGGCGCGCACAUUGACGCCAGCGCGGCGGUUGCAUCCGCACCACCGACGGCAAGCGUGGGUGGAGGUGUUGGCUUCUUUUGCGUCGACGCCAACAACACGCUCCCAUCGCCGGCACUGUGGCUGAGUGCGCCUGCAGGCGGAGUGGCUGGUGCGAGUGCAGGCGGCUACGGCGACAUGUACGCGACGCCACCAGUGGCGCUGGCGGUAGAGGAGACUACGCCUGGAGUGACGGCAUCGGGCAUGGUGUUUGGCCGCGGGACGUUGAGUGCGAGCGACGGGCUUGGCCAGCAAGUGGUUGAUGCCGGAUUGUCGCUUGGAGUUGCGCCGCUGGACAGUCAUGUGAUAGUGACGGGUGCUGAGCGCGGGGUGGCGUUUGUGGCGGUGGACGGGCUCGCGCAUCUUGAGCUCAUCAGCGCAGCUGCCGACGGCAGCCUCCUCCCGCUUGACGCAUCACUGAAGCUGAGCCUGGUGCGGAGCAGCGAAGAGACGGCGGAUCCAGAGGUGUCGACAAGUGUGACAAUGCGGAUCACGGCGUGCCCGCGUGGAUUGGGCUCGGACACCCAGUCUGCGCUGGCAAGCAACGUGCUCGUGUGCUCGCCAUGUGACGAGGGCUCGUACUCGGACGUCGAGUCUAUUGAGCCGUGCCGUGCGAUUCCGGCGUGCCCGGCGUUCUCGCUGCGGCCAGGUUCGGCCAACACGACGCAUCUGGUGGCGUGCAUGUGCAAGGCCGGGACGUGGUCGCCCGAAGCGCCGCUAGUGACCGCAUGCCGCCCGUGCCCGGUCGGCGCGGUGUGCGUAGGCGGCGGUGAGAGGCCCAAGGCAAUGUACGGCUGGAAGCUGAUCGACACAGCAACGUUUCGGUUCGCCGAGUGCCCGAUCGCCUCGGCGUGCCGCGGCGGGUUUGUCGAGCCCGAGUGCGGACCCACGUACAACCCGGACUCGUACCUUUGCCGGCAGUGUGCGGCCAACAGCUACCGCAGCCGUGACGGAGGGUGCGUCAAGUGCCCCCAGGCAGCGAUCUCGCGGCUGUAUCUGUUUGUGGGCCUGGCCGCCGGCAUUGCGUUUGGAUCGGUGAUUGUGAUUGCGGCAGCGACGCGGGCGAUCAAGGCCGAGACCGAGGACGACGCGCUGCUGAUGAGCGAGUCGCAGGCUGCGGCUCGAAUUGCUGCGUCUGCGUCUGCGAUGACCCUUGCGGCGCGGAACGUGGUGAUGCACGCCAUGCGGCGAAAGCCGAUCCCACACGCGCUUGGGGUGGCGUUUGUGUACCUGCAGGUGCUGGGCAUUCUCGCCGAUGCGCCGUUCAACUGGCCCGAGUCGCCGGUGGGGCGGAUUCUGCGGACGGCCAACGUGGCGAACAUCGACCUGGGCAUGUUUGCCACAGACUGCACCAUCAAGGACUUUGGCACGCGGUACGCGUUCUCUGUCCUCGCGCCUGCGGCGUUCUUUUGCCUUGUCGGGCUGUUUGUGGCCGGUAUUAAGAGCCUCCCUCGGUGCUUCUCGUGCGUUGCCGACACACAUCUGGAUCGGGUGUCGGGGUGGACGCUCGGCGGGCGACUGCUGUUUUCGUUUGGCCCGCUGCUGUACAUCCCGCUCUCGCGGGCCGCGCUGGUGUUUUUUGAUUGCACCAAGCUGCCCAAUGGCAAGUACUACCUCGACGCAAACCUCGAUGAAGAAUGCGGUUCGGAAGCGUGGCUGGCGCUCCUUCCGCUGGCGAUUCUGGCAGUAAUCGCGUAUGUAGUGGCACUGCCUGCGCUGUUUGGCGUUGUGCUCUGGCGGAACCGCAAGUCGCUGUCGUCGACCGAGGUACUGAUGCGGUACGGGCCGAUCUACACGGCAUACCGGCAGGCGUACUUUUGGUAUGAGGUUGCGCUACUGCUGAAGCGGCUAGGCGUGGUGGCAACGGCGCUGUUCUUCUCGCGAGUCGAUGUGUGGCUCUUCACACUUCUGGUCGGCAUCUUCAUGGUGAGCGGAGCGUUCCAGCUCAAGCACGAACCGUUCUUCUUCCCGCUCCAUAACCAGCUGGAGACGCGGCUCAACGGGGCGGUCCUUGUCUUGCUUGGAUGUGGAGUCUUGUUCUGGGCAGACAAGUUCUACAACCGGAUGACUUACCUGGCGAUUGUGGUCAUUGCGGUGGCGUCGAUCGGGUUCUCUGUGGUGCUCCUUGUCACGACCUCAUUCCGCGAGGUGAGAGCGACGUUCCGAUACCAUCGGCGCAGGCGGCGGACGCGGCAGGCGCCGGGCGAGGGCGAGCUGGAUAUCAACGCACUCUCGAUCCGUGAUGAAGUGUUCCUCUCGCUCUUGGCGCGGCAUGUGAGCGAUCUAGAGAACCCGGCACUGUCAAGCCCGCUACUCGAUGUGCAGUCGCGGUUCGAGACGCGGCGCAAGCCGCCGCUGCUGCCGGGCCUGGCAAGCGGGAGCUCUUCCGAGCUGACAGACAGCAGCUCGGGAGACGGGUCCUUAGCCGAGGCUGUCGACGCUACUCGCAUGGUUACUUUUGUUGAGCCUGUGGGGAGCACAUGCUCGUCGUCGGACUCGCUCUCGAUCUCUUUGGCGCCCAGUGCGUCGCAGUCGAUGUCGCGAUCAGCAUCGCGGUCUAUGUCGCGGUCAGCGUCGCGGUCGAGGUCGCCUGCGUUUGGCUCGUCGCCAGCCAUUGCGGCCGGCUUAUCAGCACCAUCGUCGACGUUGGCACCGAGCCGGAGGUCCAACCCUGUGAUUUCGCGAACCGCGCCUGCUCCACGUAAAGCAGCUAGCUAA